AUGGAUCCAGGUGGGCAGGAUCAGCGCUGCUCAGACGAGCAGCCGAGCCUCUUCAGCAAGAUCCUUCUGGACGUCACGCGCAUCUGCAACACGUCGCAGCCGGCAGAUGAGCAGGAUUGCAGCAUCGUGUAUCACACUGCAUACAUGUACUUGGAUGCAGAACAUGAGAUCGAUGUCACCUUGAACUUCAGCGACCAGACGCCAGGGACGGGACGUUGGGACUUUUUUCAAGUGACGGCCAUCCUUCAUCAGAAUGGCUGCAAUGCACAGUUAGAGCUGAGCAAGUACGAGACUGCGGAUUGCUUAGAGGGCAACGCGUCUCAUCCCAAUUUCGAGGUCAGCGUCGACCCGUUGGGUCGCAUACCGGCGCACGCCACGACGCAGCUGACCUGCAUCAGCCGGCAGAGGGCCGACGAUGCACCGACAGGGCGGUCUGUGCGCAUUGCGGACUCCUAUAA